UUUUCCAAAAAAAACAGUCAAAAAAAAAAUAGUCAAAAAACGUGAAAUCUUUAUGAUGAAAUCAGUUGCUGGCAAAAUGCGGUGGAAUAAGAGAAAUAACACGCUAACAUGCUGUUACAAGAAAAUAACUUACAACAGAAACUCAGCUUCAUCACUACAUCACAAAGGGAACAAAAAUGCAGAUCGUCUUUGGGAUCCUGCUGAUGUUCACAGGAGCUGCUUCGGGUUCACUGUUUCAGGAUCAUGUCUGUAGAUUUAAUCAGAUUAAACCGUGUUAUCUAGCUGUGGGACACCGACUGUACCUGCAAAUGCCCUGGGAGGAUUCGUUUGACCUAAUGUUCACUAGUUUAAUUUUAAGAUUUAGAAAAACCCAAAGUUCACCAACACCACAGUUCCCAAGAUGGCAGUUUGUUAAUGAUAAUAAAACUAUGAUACUAACCAGUGCAGAGAGGAGCGACUCUGGAACAUACACUUUAAACAUCUUUGAUGGAGAUGGGAGAAGUAAAGGCAGUUCUACUCUCCAGGUGAACAUUGAAGCUCAGGUGUCCUCAGUGAAGGUGUCGUACAGCUGCUUGUCCUCUGGAAUCAUGAAAGUGAACUGUUCUGCUGAUGGAGACAACCUUCUCUUCAGCUGGACUACUAACUUUAAAGUGCUCCCUCAACAGGAGAACGGGACCAGCACUGUUACACUGGAACAAGACCAUCAAGGAAACAUCACCUGCCAUGUAGAAAAUCAUGUCAGCCGUGACCACGAUACUGCUGAACUCCACCAAUGUCCUGGUUCACAGUUUCAGGAUCAUGUUGUCUGUAGAUUUAAUCAGAGUAAUCAGUUUUAUGUAGCUGUGGGACAACGACUGUACCUGCAAAUGCCCUUGGAGGAUGGGUUUGACCUAAAGACCACUAGUUUAAUUUUAAGUUAUAGAAAAAAACAAAGUUCACCAACACCACGUCUCCCAAGAUGGCAGUUUGUUAAUGAUAAUAAAACUAUGAUACUAACCAGUGCAGAGAGGAGCGACUCUGGAACAUACACAUUACUCACCUUUGAUGGAGAUGGGAGAAGUAAAGGCAGUUCUACUCUCCAGGUGAACAUUGAAGCUCAGGUGUCCUCAGUGAAAGUGUCCUACAGCUGCUUGUCCUCUGGAGUCAUAAAAGUGUUCUGUUCUGCUGAUGGAGACAACCUUCACUUCAGCUGGACUUCUGACUUUAACACACUCCCUCAACUGGAGAACGGGACCAGCACUGUUACACUGGAACAAGACCAUCAAGGAAACAUCACCUGCCAUGUAGAAAAUCAUGUCAGCCGUGACCACGAUACUGCUGAACUCCACCAAUGUCCUGGUUCACUGUUUCAGGAUCAUGAUGUCUGUAGAUUCAAUCAGGGGAAUCCAUGUUAUGUAGCUGUGGGACAACAACUGCACCUGCAAAUGCCCUGGGAGGAUGGGUUUGACCUAAAGACACCUAGUUUAAAUUUAACAUAUAGAAAACCCCAAAGUUCCCCAACACCAACACCAGGUCUCUCAAGAUGGCAGUUUGUUAAUGAUAAUAAAACUAUGAUACUAACCAGUGCAGAGAGGAGCGACUCUGGAACAUACACUUUAAACAUCUUUGAUGGAGAUGGGAGAAGUAAAGGCAGUUAUACUCUCCAGGUGAACAUUGAAGCUCAGGUUUCAUCAGUGAAAGUGUCGUACAACUGCUUGCCCCUUGGAAUGAGAGUUAAGUGUUCCUCUGAUGGAGACAACCUUCACUUCAGCUGGACAUCUGACUUUAACACACUCACUCAACUGGAGAACGGGACCAGCACUGUUACACUGGAGCAAGACUAUCAAGGAAAAGUCACCUGCCAUGUUGAAAAUCAUGUCAGCCGUGACCACGAUACCGUGGAGUUCCACCAAUGUUCUGGUUCACUGUUUCAGGAUCAUGUUGUCUGUACAUUUAAUCAGAGUAAUCAGUGUUAUGUAGCUGUGGGACAACGACUGUACCUGCAAAUGCCCAGGGAGGAUGGGUUUGACCUACAGGCCACUAGUUUAAUUUUAAGAUAUAGAACAAAACAAAGUUCUUCACCAACACCACGUGAAUCAAGAUGGCAGUUUGUUAAUGAUAAUAAAACUAUGAUACUAACCAGUGCAGAGAGGAACGACUCUGGAACAUACACUUUAAACAUCUUUGAUGGAGAUGGGAGAAGUAAAGGCAGUUAUACUCUCCAGGUGAACAUUGAAGCCAGGGUGUCCUCGGUGAAAUUGUCCUACAGCUGCUUGUUCUCUGACGUCAGGAAAGUGUUCUGUUCUGCUGAUGGAGACAACCUUCACUUCAGCUGGACUUCUAACACACUCCCUCAACUGGAGAACGGGACCAGCACUGUUACACUGGAACGUGUAGGAAAUCUCACCUGCCAUGUAGAAAAUAACGUCAGCCGUGACCACGAUACUGCUGAACUCCACCAAUGUCCUGAGACCACAACAACUACGACUUCAACAGUGGAAAACAACUGGAGCAGUUCAAUAUCUUCCCUUGGUACGAAUUCCACAGUAAGCCACAAUGAGACUAACAGCUGCAAUCAAACUCUAACCACGAUCCCCCCAAGCUUCAUUAAUAGCUUUGAGUUUCUAAAAUUAAUUUUUGCUAUCCUGGGCUCAAUUUGUGUGGUUUUGAUCAUCUUAUCCAUCUUCGCAUUCUACACGUACAAGAAGACACACGGCCCUAAGAACAAAGCUGCUUCUCAGGAUGACGGCGUGCUGUACGCACACAUCAACCAUUCAGCCGCAAACAACACAGAGACCAGAGCCAGGACAUCUCGAGCUCAGGUCGAGGAUGUGGAGUACGCCACUGUGGUUCCUCGAGCCAGCAAAAAGAAGCCGAAGAAGUACGAGGAGGAGGUGCAGUACGGCGAGCUGGUGUUUAACACUCCUGCCAAAAAUCCCCGGCAGACACCCAAAGUGGAAGACGACUGCGUGUACUCACAGGUCCAGCGUGGAUUGUGAGGUACGCUGAGAUGGGACGAGAGCAUUUUAUAUAUUUUUAUACAGCAUCAACAUAGAGCUAGAAUAUCUAAAUAAUCGAAAAAUAAUAGCUUUUAAAAUUCUUUACUAUAUUUAACAGUUAAAGAAUUAUUCUAAAAGAGGAAGUAGCUAGUGUAGACUUUCCACCCAUACACACUCAUCUCUGUCCCAAAAAUAAAACCUCACGAACCAUGAACAUAUUUGAAUAUUUAAGUACUGCAUGACUUUGUUCAUUCCUUUUCAGUUCAAUGUUCAUGUUCAAAUCUUCCAGCGAAAGAAAUUAUUUAAAAAAAAAAAAAAAAAGAAAAUUGGUACAAAAUAUCGUCUGUCAUCUGUUCACCCCUUUUCACAUCGGUGCCUUUAGUAAGAGCUGAAAAUGUCUUUCUGUUUAAUGAUAUGAUGUCAGAUAUCAGGGUUUACGAAUUAAACAGCGUAUUUUCACCGGUUUUGUGAUAACAACAUAAAACGAUCUUCAGAAAUGGUGUUUGUUUUAUCACAUAAGUAAGGAAUAAAUUGCUAGGGGAAUCGUCUCAGCAAUGACUUUUUUCUUAAUUAAAGACUUGUACUUUUUGUAAAAAAGUACUUUUUUUAUAUUUUUUCCAUCUUUUUUAUCUAUUAAGCGAUGUCUUUAUGAUUUACAAAGAAAACAGCCACAACUUGCUCGGAUUAUUACAAACAGACUCAAACUACUGAUACAUGUUUUAUCUAACUAGCCAUAACUCGGAAACCACCAGGUCAAGGCUAAAGGAAAGAGUGUGUGUGUGUGUGUGUGUGUGUGUGUGUGUGUGUGUGUGUGUGUGUGUGUGUGUGUGUCAAUAGCAAAAAACUAUUUAUUAUUAUACUCGGAUUAUGUCGAGUACAAUACAAAACCAAUUCAGAAAUCAAGCGGAUAAAAGGAAUUAAAAAUGUUGGUUGCUUUUAGUUAAAUGCUGUUUGAUUUUUUAGCUGUACAUAUUUAUUUAUUUUUUUUACGCUUUUGCCAUUUGGUUCCAAACGAAUAUACAUUUGCUGUAAUUGUUUUAUGUGGAACAAAAAGUAAAAAAAAAAAAGGAACAACAGGAACUAAAAUGGAUCAAAUAUUCCCCUUAAACUUGAAAUCUGCUUUUGGGACAUUAUUUAUUUAUUUUAUUUUAUUUUUUUAAAGAAAAGGAGAAAUCAGUAGUUUUAUUAUUAGCAGUAUUUUCUGUCAGUAUUGUUUCUUAGAUGUAGGAAAAAUAACCAUGGUGUGUGAGUUUUGAUUUUUGUGCUUGUGUAAGUGAAAAAAAGUGGAAGUCUGAGUUGCUUCAUUUUCACUAACACAAUUUCUGCUUCUCUGUCACGAGCGUCUUUAUAAAAAAGACAAUGUCUUGUCUCUGUGGUUGGCUUGUGGUAAUUGGAGACAUGUGAUUAUGCAAAACUUCUUUUCUACUUUUUAAUAGUAAUUUUUUAAUAGUAACUUUUUUUAAAAAUGUAAAUGGAGUAAAUAAAUGAUUUUUCAGCUGUUGUGUAAA